AUGGUUGUAGCAACACAGCUGGCAGUGAGCAGCGCCGCAUCGCAAGUACCGCUAUGGAUUCGUAUAUGGACACUCGUUAGUUCCCUUAUUGUCAUUUGGGAUUUCGGGUAUUGUUUGCUUAGGCCUUUGAGCAUGGAAGGUGGAUCACUCAACUUUUUAUGGAAACCUUAUAAUCUGUACGCGAAGAUUGAUUACUUUUACGGUUUGCCUGCUUUUAAUUCCCAAGAUGGUUUCACAGGAGCUCAAGCUUUCAUGAAUGGUAUCGAAACGUUGUUGAAUUUCACCUAUCUCGGGUUAUUAAAGAGCGGCCAUGUCAAUGUGGGCCAAGCUAAUCUGGUUGGAUUUUCUGCUGCUUUGAUGACACUUUCAAAGACUGUCUUGUACUGGCUUAUUGAACCAUUCUCAGGAUACCAACAUAUCGGCCAUAACAGCUUGAGGGAUUUGAUCGUUUUAUGGAUUGUCCCUAAUGGCCUUUGGAUUGUGGUACCUGCAGCCAUCGUUUACACACUAGGAAAAGAUCUUAAUCACCGCUUAAAUGUAAACUUGAAACAGGAUUAA